UCCAGUUAGAAAGCAGCGCGCUCCCUUGCAGCGUCGGAUGACGAGGCGGGUCAAUCGCCACGCCCACGAGCCGCGGGUAAAUCGCCUCGUAUAAAGUGCGGGCACCGGGUGGUCAGGGCACAGUCCAUCCAAACGCAGCAAAAGUGCAGCCAUGAAGACAGCAAUCGUAGCCCUGUGUGUGGUGGCGGCGGCGUGGGCGGCUCCCCAGGGCGGCUACAACUACCAGGCGCCCGUGGUUCAGCAGCCCGAGUACCCGUCGGUGCCCGCCCAGUACAGCUUCCAGUGGGACGUCAACGACCAGUAUUCCGGCAACUACUACGGUCACCAGGAACAGCGCGACGGCGACAACACUCAGGGCAGCUACUACGUGCAGCUUCCCGACACUCGCCUCAUGAGGGUCGAGUAUUACGUCGACGAGUACGGCUUCCACCCAGUCAUCACCUACGAGGGCGAAGCUCAGUACCCAAGUGCCCCUGCCCAGGUGUACUCCCAGCCUGCCCCUGCCCCUACCCAGGUGUAUUCUCAGCCCGCCCCUGCCCCCGCUCCUGCCCCUGUCCAGGUAUAUUCUCAGCCCCGCCCCUGCCCCGCCCCUGUCCAGGUAUAUUCUCAGCCCGCCCCUGCUCCUACCCAGGUGUAUUCUCAGCCUGCCCCUGCACCCCAGCCGACGUACCAGCAGCCGGCCCCUACACCUUCUCAGCUCUACACCCAGCCGGGGAAAUAAGCCCAUGAGAUGAAAGCCUUUCCGAGGACCCAUUUCAUUCUAGACCUCCCCAUAGUUCUACCCACCCUGUCACGCAUAGAUUCUCAUGUGUUCAUACAGACCAAACUCUCACUCGACCAGAGUUGGAGUUAGUUUUUAUUUCUCUAUUUUUGUUUGUGUGUAACUCCACCAAGAUGUUAACCAUUAAUUUUUGUUCUCCUGUGUUACGCUUAUUAGUGUUUUCUUGUGUUGUUUGUUCUGCCUAUUUCCGCUGAUGUUCGAUAGCUACUCUUUUGUCUAGUUACGUGUGAAUUCUGUGUUAAGAUAUAUUUUUUAUACUGAGAUUUUAUGAAUAUAUAUAUAUUUUGAAUAAAUAUUUCUGCAGAA